AUGCGCCUUCUGUUCGUGCUACUGGCCCUGGGGGCUUUAGUGGCUGCGGAGCUUUCUGGACACGAUAUAGUCAGGCAUGUUGUGAAGUCAUGGAAUCCGAAUCGACGAAUGAAUAUCGUACAAGAUGACGACGAACAUAUCUCCAUUUCUCCCGCUGAGGAAAGGCACAGGCGAUCAAAACGCUCCUUGGCAGCAAGCAACUUUGUCUCAGCCACCAAUAAAUGCAACAUGCCAGGGUAUACCGGGGAAUUCUGCGAAUUUCCAAUCUGCAUGGAAACAAAUAUGCAUGUACCUGAUGUGCCAGCCGAUGGACAGGACGCAUCCAUAGACGGUGCUGUGAUAGCCAACUGCACCCAACCAUACAUAGUUUUUGUGGAUGAAACCAUGUACUUCAUCACGAUUACCAUCGAAUCGGAGUCAAAUGUGAAUCCUACGUUUACACUACAGGGCGAAGAUGGUAAUACCUACCCAGCUGACAAUAUCUUGGAACAAGCUUCUUCCGUAUAUGUGGGGUUUUUCAAUUUUCUCCCACCUGGGCAGUAUGCUGUCAUUUCAAGCGCUGAUCUACAAAAUAGCUAUUGUCAUAUGACAAUGAGGGCAAGGACGGAAAUGACCCUACAAGGAGGUUUUCUACUCGGAAACGGUUACCUAGCCGAACGAUCAGACUAUCCAAAUAAUCAUUUCACAUACUACCAGCAGUCUGCUCCUGUAGCUGUUCAUGUGAAUAGGAACAGAAGCCCUGGCAGUCUUAACUCAAUCAAAUUUGUUGGAGAGGACAAUGUUAGUACACUAACAUCCGACAAUACUUGCAGAUGUCCAAAUGGUUACGAAGGAAAGCACUGUGAAAAUGUGAUAUGCGUCGAUAACAAUGGAUUGGAAUUCAAUGCCAACGAGCCGACUCUCACGUUUGUUAUCCGAAGCAGGCAACAGUUGAGCAGUGUGAUUACUCAGGCAACUGACGCCAUCGCAAGUGUGGUUAAUGAUUUGAGUUUUGAUCCCGACUAUAUCAAAGCCUAUGUCUUGGUUCUAUUCAACAAUGGACAAAUGCUCAACUCUCGGGUCUAUGGCUCUUUCGAUGAUAUGAAAAUUGAUUUGCUCAAAGCAGAAAACACUGGUGACACGAAUGGAAGUUGCACGGAUGCUGUAUUCGCCAACACCGCAGCUGCUCUCCAGCGUUAUCUCACCUACAAAUCGCCUGUCUAUAUCAUCACUGAUGCUUUGCCAAAUGAUUUGGAUGCAAUGGAAUCCGUUUUUCACCUUGAUUCGUACUGGCGUGUACCUCUCAAUUUCAUCUAUUUGGAACCAGCACCAUCUGCGGACUGUGCGACAACCAUUGAGAGUGCGGACUACAGAGCCAUGGACUCCCUAGCUCAGCGAACUGGUGGAAUGACAUUCUACUUCCCAUACAAUAAGCGAAAUCAGAUACAAUCGUUCCUAUACCAACACAUGUACAGUACGAUCUACCGUUCUCAACUACUCCUAUUGGACGAUUUGCCAGUUUGCGCCAAUCAGAAAGUGUUCAAUCCGAUUUCGAUCGAUAUCUCAGCCGAGCAGAUGGUUAUUGUGGCUACUGGAAAAAAUCUAUCACUGGUGCUUACUACGCCAGAGGGUGACCUUUCAAACUAUGAUACGGUAUACAAUGAUGGAAUAAAUUAUGUGUGGACAAAAAAUGGACCUUAUACUGGAAAUUGGAUGAUAUCGCUUUGGACAUCCGAAGAGACAUUGGGCUGUAACUAUAAGGUCUAUCAAAAAUCGUACCAUACUCAGGCCUCGCUCUCCAAUCAAUACGAUCUGUUCUGGGGUGUUGCUGGCCAGAUCAAUGUUGAUACCGUAUCCCUACAACCGUACUAUAACUACGCACAAGGCAUUGUCAUGCAUCUGACAAACUUCCGUCUCGAAACACCGCCAGAGCGCGUGUCGACCGCGCUGACUGUCAGGGCAAUCAGGAACAAUAAACCGGUUACGGUCUUCGCAACAAAUGGUGAAUGGCGUGAUCUUUGCUCGUAUAACUUCUACUUCCCACCAAUGCAAUGCAAAGUUCCAAAUGAGAUUCUGUACUUCAACUUUUUCGUUCGUGAUUCAUUCGGUUUCGCUGUGCAAAGAGCUGGAGUGAUGUAUUGCGCCGAGAUCCAACCCACACCGGAACCACCACCACAUCAGUGUCAGAACGGAGGUAUCAUCAAUGCAGCUAACACCACCUGCUUCUGUCCACCAGGAUUUACUGGACAAUAUUGUGAACAAGUGAUGUGCUAUAACGGCGGUACUCCUGCUGGACAAUUCUGCCAAUGCCCUACUGGUUGGACUGGAACAUUCUGUGAACUUGCCAAGUGCACCCAAACCGGUAUCACACCAGAGUAUAUGCGCACAGAUGUCGACAUGAUAUUUGUGCUGGAACUUACACAACAAGCACAUGCUCAGGUCUACUUUCUCGAUACUAUAUUCGCUGAUCUUAUUCGUGAUAUUCAAUCACAAGAUGGCAACUGGAUAACACGCUACAUCAUUGCUGGCUACAAUUCUACGUGGGCUGACAUCAUCUUUAUAUCUCCAUCAUCGAAUCCAGCUAGCAUGAUCACUUUCAUGCAUAACUUGGCAAAGGAUAUACCUACCGAUACAGGUUGUGUAGUGGAGCUAUGGAAAGCGCUUGACAUUACAUCCAGACAUGUUAGAUUCGGCUCCUAUGUUGAAAUCUUUAGUGCUUCUCCACAAGAUCAGAGCAGGAUAGACAAUUUCUUCACCGCCUAUGAGAAUGCAAGAGGUCUAGGUGUUCGUGUGAAUGCCUUCGUUAAUAUCAACCAAAACGGAUAUUUUUGCAACGCUAGCUUUACGGACUUCGAAGCACUCGGUGCUUUAACAUCAUCCACUACUGGCUACAAUUAUCCAAUUCAACCUCUGGAUAUAUCUACAGCGGUUCCUCGCCUCAUCCCUAUCCAAUUCUCCUCCGGUAUUGUUUAUUCACAAUAUCAGCAAAAUUGCAUGGAUAAUCACAAUAUGCAGAUCUUCUUCCCAAUCGACGCUUAUGCACAGACAAUCCAGUUGAACGCCAUUGGAUUCAACAAGACCGUGACAAUCUAUGAUGGGAACGGUAAACAGCAGGAUUCUAUGGUGAUACUGAGCGAUUCGUCAAGUGGAUGGGAUAUCUUAGAAGUUCGAAAACAAUGUGACCAAGGUUGGGAUCAAGUCGGCCAAUACUGCAUUCGCUUCGAACUACGCCAACUAUCAUUCAGCGAUGCUGAUAGUUUCUGUCAUAGUGUUGGUGGAAGUCUUGUGGAUGAUCUGAGUGAUGCAAAACACAGCUAUUUGCUGAUAGAGGCGGCUGGAUUGGAUUUUUGGAUUGGUCUUAGCAAUAUCAACAACACCGGAUAUCAGUGGGAUAGACCUCAUGAUAUGCCAGCAUUGCCGCUGACCGAACCCACAUACUGGACCGGUGUGCAAGCUCCCACCUACGAUCCCAAGAAACAAUGCGUCUACUGGGAUGAUGCGCAAGCAAGCAACAGAAAUACAUGGACCCCCGGCGAUUGUUCUGUUAAACGUGCAUUCGUCUGCCAAAGACAUCGUUACGAUCCUGACCACAGGCCGAAUGUUAUUGGAAGCCCGGACCUCCCGGCUGGUAAAUGGUACGCAAACGUACAAGUAGCAUCCGCAGCAAAUCCAUGGUGUUUUGUGCAAGUUCGCGUACAGAGCGAUCUACAAGUUGUUUCUGGCUUUGUGACCGCAGUGAAUGAAGACAUGCCUGGCUUGGAUCCCAUUGGAGACUCGAACAACAAUCGCCUAAUCUCGCACGUGCACAGUCUGGAUAACGAACAUCGUACUCCCGUACUGACUCAUGCUUUGAUCAACGACGCUUAUAAUGCCACCUUCUACAAUGCCGCUACGUAUGGUAUACGAGCUUCAUGCGCUUAUCCAUGGGUAUCACAAACGUUUUCUUGUCCUAAUGUUGAAAACGACAUGAACGAGCUGGUCAUCACUCAUAUUGGAGAGGACGUAUUUGGAAAUACAUUCCAACGAGUCAGCACUGCUCAUUGCUCAAAAGCAGCGAUCACUUGCAAUGGUGGAGUAAGGUAUCAAGGAACUUGCGUCUGCACAGAAUAUUGGACGGGAAAACAAUGUAACAUUCCAAUUUGUGUUAAUGGUGGACAGCGAAGCAGCGAUAAUAGAGAAUGCAUUUGCCCUGAAGGUUAUGGCGGAUUCCAUUGCGAACUAGAGUUUUGCUCUGCGAAUUCGAAUGUGUUGCUAUCACCUGAUGCAAAGACAUUUGUACUCGUUGUUGAAACCACAAAGCAGAAUAUGCCAGUGGUUCAGACGCUCGUCUCAAAUCUCACCACCAUAGUUAAACAUGCCACUUCGAAGAGCGUCAGCUGGUUUAGCAAAUAUGCUCUUGUCACCUACGACUCUACCGGAGUGACAUCGCAAUUCUACACAUAUACCACCAUUGACGCAUUAGUUCUCGGUUUGAACUCUGCCAUGAGCAGGAUUACGGACCAAGGAAACUGCAGUUUACCAUUGUAUAAGACGCUUGCCACAAUACUGGGACAAAGCGGUAACAUAGCCUGGCCGAAUAGCGAGAUGUUUGUGUUCACAGCGGCUGGAUCCAAUGAUCUUUCAUAUCGUCCACAAUUAUCCUUACUGCUUGGUGAACUCCAAACUCAUUUCACAUACAUCUAUAACACCGACGUGUGCGGUAAAACACCAAGCGAUGGAUCUUUGACACAAACGGCUAGACUUGCUUAUUCGUCCAGUGGUAAUAUGCUUUUCGCCACUUCCGCAGAUCUUUCUACGAUGUUCGAUGCCUAUCUCUCGACACUCUAUGGAUCUUACGUGCUAACAAAUCCGACUGGGCAUCAACAAUUCAAAUGUGAAAACGCCAAUGGAUGGUUUAUCGAAGUAGACUUCAGAACCACAUCUGUUUUCGUAACAACAACUUCGGCCUAUGGAUUACUGGGAGUGAUAAAUCCGAUGAACUCCAAUAUCACACCCGCCAUGCUCGCCCAAUCUGGCCAAACUACACUUUACGAAAUUGAUGUUGAUCGCCUACCUGGAAUCUAUACUCUAUCGCUGGCAAGUCCUGGCGAUUGCUACGUCCAUGUCUACGCUGUCGGUGGUGCAAAGAUCUACUACGACUUUGCGAGCCCAACAACUGCGGAUCCAAUCGCGUCUCAUAUCGAUGGAUAUUAUAGUUAUCCUGAAAUUGGAGUAACAAAUGUCCUCACUCUACAUGCUGAUGCUGAACCGGAGACAGUGCUGAAGCAAGUGGAGAUUUUUGAUCCAGACAGCAACAAGGUUAUUAUGCGAUCAGCGCUAUAUCGUCGUAUGAAUUGCACCUUUGAAUAUUAUUCGGAUCCAUUCACAUGCACCAGUGAGGCCAUUGCAAUGUUCGUCUAUGGUGAAGACAGUCACAAACAGCAAUUCCGUCGUCAAGAAAUCACCUAUUGCAUUGACCCGAAGAAUUCUGGAACAAGCGGUACGCCCCCAUUGACCCCAGCCAGUCCAGUGACUCAGAAGCCAGGGACCACUAAUGCUGCCUCGGUGACCACUCCCCCGCCCCCGCCACUUACGACAGCGUCGAAAUCACCGCUUACAACUACUACAGGACCUCCGCCUAUAUCCUUCGAUGUCGUCAUCCUCAUUGAUGUCAGCCAAAGUGCAAACAGUACCUACGACGACAUGUCUCAGUUCGUGCUGACAGUUAUGCAGGGUUUUGCUGUUUCGCAAGACUACGCUCGCACGGCUGUUAUUCCCGUUUUUGGCACACCAUCACUGGGCUCAAUACCUGUAGCAAGCUUGGAUACCAUUACCUCACACAACAUGUUGGCCAGCUACCUUAGCCAAACUAAGACCGACUACAAUGAUUUUGACGACCAGGGACAAGCACUAGCCUUAGCCCUCAACAAUGCCAACGAUUCCAAUUUCAAACAAGCCGGUUAUCGCAAGAGCAUCAGUAACCAUCUGAUUCUCUACGUUACAGCUACAUCUGGAUUCUCCGCCGAUGCACAAACCACAUCACAGCAGGUGCUGAAAUCUGGAGAUUACGGUAUCGUCACAGUUGGCUAUGGUCCAGGAAUAACCGAUCAGGGUUCAUUGCAGAAACUUGCCGGUGGAAAUGCUUGCUCGUUCUAUGCAGCUGACAAGACUGCCCUCAAUCAGCUUACAACAUCUGUUCAGGCACUUAUAACCACGGCAAGGUAG